GACGAAAUCGAAUCAGAGAGAAGAACUAAACGGCGUCGUAAUGGGCCACGGCCAUAUUGCUCCCUGCCUGCCUCGUUCUUGCGUCCGGAUAGUUGCCGCGUAAUAAUACGGACUUACAGAGUAUAACCAAACGGUGCCGUUUAUAGUCUUCUUCAUCUUCGUCCUUCUUCUUUCUCGUCUCUCGGGUGGGGUUAGGGUUUCAGUGUUCGACAUUCUGAUUUCUUUCAUUUUGUACUUCUUUUCUUCGUCAUCUGAUUUCCGAGUGAUAUAUUAGUUGCAUAGUUGCUCGUUCGACUAGUUUAAUUUGGUGUUUAGGCUUAUUGAAUUUGGUUUCUGCAAUAUCUCUUCUGGAGUUUCUCUAUACUGGGUCAUUCAAUCCAAUCAUAGAGAUAUGGAACCAGAGGUUAUAAAAGCAGAGCUAGUGUUGCCAACUCACCUUAGUUUCAAGAAGAUACAGAUGUAUGAGAAGUAUCCAAAAGGCCAAUCAAGAGGCAGGCAUUGGAAACAUCUCAAGCAGAUCCUCCAAGCUGAGAAUUACCAAAAUUAUUCUCCUGAUGAACCCAAUUAUGUCAAUAUAGAGUCACCACCUUCAAUGCAUCCAUGCAAGAGAAUUUGCGAUAUAACUGGAUACGAGGCACCUUACUAUGAUCCGAGGACCAAUCUUCGCUACGCGAAUGCUGAUGUCUUCAAGCUCAUACGAUCCCUUCCCAAUGAAUACGUGCAAAGGUACUUGGCUCUUAGAAAUGCAGCUGUUAUCCUGAAGUAAAUGUUUUGGAGGUAUUUUCAUCCGUGCAUCAGAUCUCCCUCGAAUGUGGAUUAACCAACUUGAUUGGAAAUUUUAUCAAUACAAGGUUUUUGUAAAUUUCUACUUUUUAGGAUAUGAUCUGUGUAUCUAAAAUGCCUAGUAGGUAUUUGGCAUGACUUUUAUGGGUAACCCAAAACUGUAAGAAAUGCAGACAUUUGGUACACCAUUUUCAUGGAAUGUGUGUGAUAAGAAAUGGAGAUUGAACUAACAAUUGCCUAAU